GAGGCCAUAUCAAACCUCAAGUAAUCUUCACUCUUCGUAACUUCACGAACAUGUGUAGGCGGUAUAUCUUCCUGGGCCAUGAAUCUGGGCAGUCAGUAUAUAACACCCGCUUGACAUCAUGACCUCUAUCUGCCAAACAGAUCUACCAUCAUUUUCGCACAUCAAAUCAGCACCGCUUACACUCCCCAAGAAACAACACAUACCCUCUUUUCCAAAUCAGACGUACAGCCCUACUAGUUCCUUCAGCUCUCCCCUACUAACCCCCACAGACCCAUCUCACAAUGCGCUUCCUUUCCCUAGCCACCCUCGCCUCCAGCGCCACUGCCUGCUUCCAAACAAGCCGGUGCUCCGCGCCCAACGGUCCCGACGUCGCCGUGCAAUCAAACGGCAAAAACGACCCCGAACACAACCAAGCCAGAGUUACGGUCGCUUUCAAAGACGGGAGAUAUGGGCCAAACACUUUUGCAGGAAUCGUUAAUCAUCUCCGCUGCGAUGUCAUUGUUAAGAUUAGAUCGCCGGCUGCGAAUGACGCGUUGCAGUGCUGGGUCGUGCCGUACAAUGAGCAGUGUAAUCUUGAUGUGUCAAUUGCGGGGCUUUGGUACCGUCAGUCUUGUACAUCCUAGGGGUUUCAUGCUGGUUGCUUGACGACAGUUGUUAGUGAGAAGAGAAUGGGUUUUUGGUAUGCUACGGUUGUGACUGGGCCGUUAAAGACGAUCAUGACGGCAUAGUGGAGUAGUUUCGAAGAAGGGGACAAACAAGACGUUCUAUCUAGAAACCUGUGCUCUUCGGCCUGUCUUGCGCUCACACUAUGAGCUGUCGUGAUUGGGUUGUCAUAUCUUUUGCCUUCUGGAGACUUGACGUUGUAGGCUUCCUAUUUAUUCUGUCUUUUCGCGCCUAUGAUUUCUCAAGAUUUGGUAUUCUUCUUGUAUCUCUCCCGCAGACGAGAAGCUACAAGAUUGCUUCCGGUUUCGCACCAACUCGCGGUAUGUGGAACUCUUACUCUACGAUUCCAUGAAUAUGACUGCUGGUAGUUAGGUAGCAACGUGGCCAAGACGAGGCACAUGAUGGCGCUGCGGAAGAAAGAACGUUUGGGUACGGGAUGAAGUUACAGUUGCUGC